GUAUUUGAUUGUUGGUUUGAGAGUGGGUCAAUGCCUUACGCUUAUAUUCAUUACCCAUUUGAGAAUGUUGAACUUUUCGAGAAAAAUUUUCCUGGGCAUUUUGUCGCUGAAGGGCUAGAUCAAACUCGUGGAUGGUUCUACACUCUUAUGGUGUUGUCAACUGCAUUAUUUGGGAAACCUGCGUUUAGGAAUCUUAUUUGCAAUGGGCUUGUCCUGGCUGAGGAUGGAAAAAAGAUGAGUAAAAAAUUGAAAAACUAUCCGUCACCUAUGGAAGUCAUCAAUGAUUAUGGAGCUGAUGCUUUACGAUUAUACCUUAUAAACUCUCCAGUUGUGCGUGCUGAGCCCUUGCGGUUCAAAAAGGAUGGUGUAUAUAGUGUUGUCAAAGAUGUUUUCCUUCCUUGGUACAAUGCAUAUAGAUUCUUGGUACAAAAUGCUAAAAGGCUUGAAGUUGAAGGACUUGCACCAUUUACUCCUCUUGAUUUUAAAACACUUAAAAAUUCAUCUAAUGUGUUAGAUCAGUGGAUCAACUCAGCCACACAGAGUCUUGUUCAUUUUGUGCGCCAAGAAAUGGAUGGAUACCGACUUUACACGGUCGUUCCAUAUCUCUUGAAGUUUCUUGACAACCUUACAAAUAUAUAUGUGAGGUUCAACCGCAAGAGAUUAAAAGGGCGUACUGGUGAAGAAGACUGUCGGACUGCUCUCUCAACUCUUUACAAUGUGCUUCUAACAUCAUGUAGGUGAUGUUCGCCUUCACACCUUUUCUUCACAGAAGUUCUAUAUCCAAAAUAUGCCGGGA